AUGUCGCUCAAUACUUUCCAACAACUCUCGCCUGAUGAGCGCCAGACUGCCCUCGAUGCGCCGGCCCUCAAGCCGCCUGCAGGAAUGCAGGCGGAUUUCGACAAUCCUCCAAAUAGGAACAUUAUCCCACAUGUUGUCAUUCCUAUUUGUCUAAUUCUUGUUAUAUCGACGAUGCUUCUUCGGGCUUAUGCGAGAGGAACUUACGUUGCAUACAUAUACUGUGUCUACGACGCUGUUCGCAUUGUCGGCUUCUUCGUACACCAAUGGGAUACGACCGUGGGGACCGUAUCGCGAGUUGAGCAUGUCCUCCAACUAGGCGCGACCUUCUACACAAUCACGCUAGUCCUGGUAAAAGCCGCAAUCCUACUACAGUGGAUGCGAAUAUUCGCUCCAGAAGGCACCCGUGGAGCAUUUUACUGGAUAUGCCAAGUUCUAUUAUGGACCAACGUCUUAUUUUAUCUCUCCGUUGCCGUUGCAGGCAAUCUGAUUUGCGUGCCGUUUGAGAGAAUAUGGGACAAGACGGUACCUGGUGUUUGUUACAACGGGCGACCUCUCAAUAUGACGCUCGGUUCUUUUAAUCUUGUGUCUGAUAUUUUUAUUCUCAUACUUCCGCAGAGGAUUAUAUGGCGGUUGAACAUGUCACGAGAGAAGAAGAUUGGUAUUGCGCUGAUAGCAUGCGCCGCUGCUGCAUUUCGCAUAGGAGUCACGGUUACGUACCUAAAGGAUACAGACUGGCUGUACAGAGUCAGCAGUUUAUCCAUGGGUUGUAUUGCAGAAAUGACCUGCAUCCUCCUCGUCUAUAACAUGCCCGGAGUCCCUAGAGCCGUUAGAGACUCACCCAUGCUAUCCAGAAUCUUCGUUUCCCUUCGCUCGUCGCUUACCUCAGAUAAGGACAAAUCAAUUGACGGGUUUCGGCACCCUGAAGCACUGCAGAAGAGGCAACAGCAGCAGAUGCAGAUGCGGACUUUAAGUUCUACGGAGGCUCUUGAGAGUAGUUUAACAAAUACCAGUCAGGAUUGGAUUUUUCGGACGAAUCGGGUUACGACAAUAGAGCAGGAUAAUGAAAGCACGAAAAUUUCAGAGUCAUCACCGCCGGUUACAACUCACCGAGACUAA